AUGGCCAAUGCAGGUAUCCAGCUGCUUGGCUUCGCGCUGGCCUUCAUGGGCUUCAUUGGCUCAAUAGCAUCCACAAUCAUGGUGGAGUGGAAAGCUUCAUCGUAUGCGGGAGACAACAUCAUCACGGCUCAGGCUCUGUAUGAAGGCCUGUGGAAGUCCUGCGCUUCGCAGAGCACCGGGCAGAUUCAGUGUAAAGUGUAUGAUUCACUUCUGCAACUACCAGGUGAGACUGUUUUACCUAAAUUCUUUUCAUAUUACCUUGUUUAAAUGAUCCCAAUGAUUAUUACAUCUUAAUAAGUAAAACAAUGUACCAUGAAUUAAUGGUUAUCUCUUGUACAAAAAAAGCCUAGAGCUAUGAAUGGGACACAGAGAUGGUGGUGCAUCUUUACAAAUAUUUUAUUGUUUUUCAUGAUGACUGUCGGUGGAAUAAAGAAGUCUCAAUUUACAACGUUUAAUUUUCAGAGCUUAAUCUCCUUGAAAAGGGAAUGUGUAAAUCUCUGUGGUCAUUCAAACAUCUCUGGUGGUUUCAGAAGAAGCCCUUUCUCCGCCCUGUAAGAAGUCCUGUUGCGUGCAGAGACAUGUCAGUGAAAUACCAGCAUCUGAAUCAUCACAAAGAGACUCCCCUCUUCUUUUGAAACAAAGUCAAAUGAACAAAAUUUAAUGAUGGAGAAAAUCUUUCCAGGUGUAAAGGUUUUUCAUAUCUGAGGAUUUGCCAUUUUAUAACUUAAAAAGUUGAUAUAAUUAUUCUCAGAGUGAAAAAACAUUGAUGAAGUGAGUACGUCUCCUCGAGAUGACUCAUGCUGUCCUAACUCCCGCCUGAUUUCUGCUUGUUGUCAACAAGAGACCCACUUACGCUGAACACAAAUUUUCAACUAUAUAUACAACAAAUGCAGAUGUUGUUCCAAAGAGUACAGGAUUAAACUUUUUAUGAUGAAAGUCAAAGUGAAAAACAUUAAGAAACUUGACAUUAUAUAAUCCUGUCACUGUGAAUCAUGUCUUUGUCUUUAGGGAUCGUCCAGGGUACUCGAGGUCUGAUGCUCAGCUCCAUCCUGUUAUGUUUUAUUGCCAUCUUGGUGGAGACAGUAGGCAUGAGAUGCACCACCUGUAUGGCAGACUCCCCUCAGCAGAAGGACAAAGUGGCUCUGGCUGGAGGGAUCCUCUUUAUUUUUGGUGGUCAGUAACACAUAUGUAAUGAUCUCAUGAUGAGGAUAUUUAAUAUAAGGAAGAUGCUGCACUACACUAUUAUUGUAAACAGGACUUAACGCAUUAUCUGAUAUGUGAAGAUUAUUUGACAUGAAACAUGACUCCACACUUCUACAUGUUCAAAAGUUUUGAAUGCUGUCAUUUCAAAUGUCUUAUUUUGUGUUUUUAGGUUUACUUGCUCUGGUGGGAACAUCUUGGUAUGGACACAGAAUAGCCAAAGACUUUUAUAACCCAUUCACACCGACUAACUCCAGGUGAGCUCAUCCCCCUCUUCUCCUUACAGCUGCUUACUUUAGCUCAGCAUAAGAACUGAAAACAGGUAAGUGGGGUUGUACGAGAUACUUGAUGGUAUAAGAAGUAAAUAAGCCUGAUAACCUGAACAGAAGAUUGGGGCACUUUCAUGGGGCACAUUUAUUUUUGUUCUGUUUUUAUAUAAAAACAUGUCCCUCUGCCUGUCCAUGGUAGAGUCAACCCUGUCUGCAUCUUCUAGUAGCCUUGCUUCUCUGUCAGUUCUGGCCAAGAGGACUGAGCUGACAUUUCCUGUGGGUAACACAUACUGUUGACAAGUACCUCAAUCAACCCCACUUAAAAAGUCUCAGCAAUCACAGCGUGAAAACAGAUUUCAGUGAAAAUGUGGAGCACUUUUCAUAUGUGCUAGUCAAUAGUUCACUUAACAAUGAUUGCGACUUUAUCUGAACUGAACAAGUGGCUCAGACUGGGUUAAAAAUAAAGAACAGUUUGUUUUUAACUUGUAGGUUUUAAUAAUGAAUAAACACAAGUGUUGGUCCUCAUAUAUGUCUGUGUAUUGUUUGCUCCAUACUUAGGUUUGAGUUUGGAAGUGCCCUGUAUGUUGGAUGGGGAGCAGCCUGUCUCAUCAUGAUCGGAGGAGGCUUCCUCUGCUGCAACUGCUCCAGUAAGAACUCAGGAAAAUCCCCACGCUACCCUUCAUCUGCCGGCCAGCCAGGCAGAGACUAUGUCUAG